UUUUCUUGUUGUGAUGUGAUGACAGUUCUGCCUUGCACAGAGUGAUCCGAACUACUGCAGAAUAGUAUUUUAAUUGUUUAUUAUUGUCAAAGGUUGAACAACUCACUUUGUUGUUUCGUAUUGCAACCAUGUUCAAAGGUUUUAAUCCCAUAUAAUUUUGCAAGACAAUAUUACUCUUUAGUACUCCUAAUUACACAAGGAUGGCAAGACUUUGAAAGUAGAAAUGGAGAAGGGAAUGAAUAUAUAAUUUUGGCCAAGUUUAUGUUCUGCUUCCAAAUACUAUUUUAAUAAUAUGGAAAACGUUGCGCAAAAUGAAAACAAAAUAAUCAAACAGACCCAUAAUCAAGACAGGAUAUUCAAAGUAAUUGUUGUAGGUGAUUCUAAUGUAGGAAAAACUUCUUUAACUUAUAGAUUCUGCGAAGGAAAAUUUUUGGUUUCCCCUGAAGCAACAAUAGGAGUUGACUUUCGAACUAAAAUAUUAUGGAUUGAUGAUGAGAAAAUAACGCUUCAGUUAUGGGACACUGCAGGGCAAGAAAGAUUCAGAAAAACAAUGGUCCGACAUUACUACAGAAAUGCAAACGCUGUAGUUUUUGUUUAUGAUGUUACUAAUUCAGAAUCUUUUGAUGCCCUUAAAAAAUGGAUUAUUGAAGUUGAUUUGCAUUGCCCACAAGAUUUGCCUAGAAUUCUUGUGGGAAAUAAAUGUGAUAAUGCUGCCAUAAUAAGCACACAAGAUGCCCAAACUUUUGCCGAUCACCAUAAUAUGCCUUUAUUUGAGACUUCAGCACGCUUAGACUCACAGUAUGACAAUGUUGAAUCAAUUUUCCUCACGUUAGCUCACAAAUUGAAGAAUCAGAAACCAUUUUUUGCUCCUAAAAUGGACGGGAUAGGUACAAAUACGACAUCUUCAAAUUCAACAGGUUGCUGCUGAUGCAAGAGGAAUGAAGCAUUAUUUGUAAUGGAAUUGUACUUUUGUCUAUAAAUCUAUCAAUAAUAACUAGUGUGGGUUACAAGAUCAAUAUUAUUUGUCAAUAAAUAGCCUGUUUUUUGAUGAUAAUACAAAAUUGAAUACCUUA